AUGACAACAGUGACAACAGUGACAACGAUGACAACAGUGACAACGAUGACAACGGUGACAACAGUGACAACAAUGACAACGGUGACAACAGCGACAACGGUAACAACAGUGACAACGAUGACAACAGUGACAACAGUGACAACGGUGACAACGGUGACAACAGUGACAACAGUGACAACAGUGACAACGGUGACAACAGUGACAACGAUGACAACGGUGACAACAGUGACAACAGUGACAAUGGCGACAACGGCAACAACAGUGACAACGAUGACAAGAGUGACAACAGUGACAACGCUGAAAACGGUGACAACAGUGACAACAGUGACAACGAAACGUGACAACAGUGACAACAGUGACAACGGUGACAACGGUGACAACGGUGACAACGGUGACAACAGUGAAAACGGUAACAACAGUGACAAAAGUAACAACGAUGAAAACAGUGACAACGGUGACAACGGUGAAAAAAGGGACAACAAUGACAACGGUGACAACGAUGACAACAGUGACAACAGUGACAACGAUGACAACGGUGACAACAGUGACAACGAUGACAAGGGUGACAACAGUGACAACGAUGACAACAGUCACAACAGUGACAACGAUGACAACAGUCACAACAGUGAGAACGGUGACAACGGAGAAAACAGUGACAACGUUGACAACGGUGACAACGAUGACAACAGUGACAACAGUCUCAACGAUGACAACGGUGAAAACAGUGACAACGAUGACAACGGUGACAACAGUGACAACAGUUACAACGGUGACAACGGUGAAAACAGUGACAACGAUGAGAACAGUGACAACGGUGACAACAGUGACAACAGUGAAAACGGUGACAACAGUGACAACAGUUACAACAGUGAGAACGAUGACAACGAUGAAAACAGUGACAACAGUGACAACGGUGACAACGGUGACAACAGUGACAACGGUGACAACAGUGACAACGGUGACAACAGUUACAACAGUGACAACGAUGACACAGUGACAAGAGGGACAUCAGUGACAACAGUGACAACGCUGACAAUGGUGACAACAUUGACAACGAUGACAAAGGUGACAACUGUGACAACAGUGAGAACGAUGAGAACGAUAACAACAGUGACAACAGUGACAACGGUGACAACAGUGACAACGGUGACAAUAGUUACAACAGUGACAACGAUGACAACAGUGACAAGAGCGACAUCAGUGACAACAGUGACAACAGUGAAAACGGUGACAAAAGUGACAACAGUAACAACGAUGACAACGGUGACAACAGUGAGAACGGUGACAACGGUCACAACAGUGACAACGGUGACAACAGUGACAAAGGUGACAACAGUUACAACAGUGACAACGAUGACAACAGUGACAAGAACGACAACAGUGACAACAGUGACAACAGUGACAACAGUGACAACAAUGACAACAGUGACAACAGUGACAACGAUGACAACAGUGACAACAGUGACAACGAUGACAACAGUGACAACGAUGACAACGGUGACAACAGUGACAACAAUGACAACGGUGACAACAGCGACAACGGUAACAACAGUGACAACGAUGACAACAGUGACAACAGUGACAACGGUGACAACGGUGACAACAGUGACAACAGUGACAACGGUGACAACAGUGACAACGAUGACAACGGUGACAACAGUGACAACAGUGACAAUGGCGACAACGGCAACAACAGUAACAACGAUGACAAGAGUGACAACAGUGACAACGCUGAAAACGGUGACAACAGUGACAACAGUGACAACGGUGACAACAGUGACAACAGUGACAACGGUGACAACGGUGACAACGGUGACAACAACAGUGACAAAAGGUAACAACGUGAAAACAGUGACAACGGUGACAACAGUGAAAACGGGGACAACAAUGACAACGGUGACAACGGUGACAACGGUGACAACAGUGACAACGGUGACAACAGUGACAACGGUGACAACGAUGACAACAACAGUGACAACGAUGACAAGGGUGACAACAGUGACAACGAUGACAACAGUCACAACAGUGACAACGAUGACAACAGUCACAACAGUGAGAACGGUGACAACGGAGAAAACAGUGACAACGUUGACAACGGUGACAACGAUGACAACAGUGACAACAGUCUCAACGAUGACAACGGUGAAAACAGUGACAACGAUGACAACGGUGACAACAGUGACAACGAUGAGAAGGGUGGCAACAGUGACAACGAUGACAACAGUGACAACAGUGACAACGAUGACAACAGUGACAACAGUGAAAACGAAGAAAACGGUGACAACAGUGACAAUGGUAACAAAGGGUGACGACAGUGAUAACGAUGCCAACGGUGACAACAGUGACAACGGUGACAACAGUGACAACGAUGACAAUGGUGACAACAGUGACAAUGAUGACAACGGUGACAACAGUGACAACAAUGACAACGGUAAGAACGCUGACAACAGACACAAGGAUGCCAACAGAGACAACAGUGACAACGAUGACAACAGUGCCAACAGUGACAACAGUGACAACGGUGACAACGGUGACAACAGUAACAACGGUGACAACAGUGACAACAGUGACAACUAUGACAACAGUGACAACGUUGACAACGAUGACAAGGGUGACAACAGUGACAACGGUGACAACAGUGACAACGAUGACAAGGGUCACAACAGUGACAACAGUGACAACGGUGACAACGGUGACAACAGUGACAUCGGUGACAACAGUGAGAACGAUGACAACGGUGACAACAGUGACAAUGGUGACAAGGGUGACAACCGUGACAACAGUGACAACGAUGACAACGGUGACGACAGUGACAACAGUGACAACGGUGAAAACGGUGACAGCAGUGACAACGAUGACAACGGUGACAACACGGACAACUGUGACAACGGUGACAUCAGUUACAACAGUGACAACGAUGACAACAGUGACAAGAGCGACAUCAGUGACAACGAUGACAACAAUGACAACGGAGAAAACAGUGACAACGGUGACAACGGUGACAACGAUGACAACAGUGACAACAGUGACAACGAUGACAACAGUCACAACAGUGAAAACGAAGACAACGGUGACAACAGUGACAACAGUGACAACGGUAACAAAGGGUGACAACGGUGACAACAGUGACAACGAUGACAACGGUGACAACAGUGACAACGAUGACAACGGUGACAACAGUGACAAUGAUGACAACGGUGACAACAGUGACAACAAUGACAACGGUAAGAACGCUGACAACAGACACAAGGAUGCCAACGGAGACAACAGUGACAACGAUGACAACAGUGCCAACAGUGAAAACAGUGAGAACGGUGACAUCGGUGACAACGGUGACAACAGUAACAACGGUGACAACAGUGACAACAGUGACAACUAUGACAACAGUGACAGCGUUGACAACGAUGACAAGGGUGACAACAGUGACAACGGUGACAACAGUGACAACGAUGACAAGGGUGACAACAGUGACAACGAUGAAAACAGUUACAACAUUGACAACGAUGACAACAGUGAAAACAGUGACAACGGUGACAACGGUGACAACGAUGACAACGGUGAAAACAGUGACAACGAUGACAACGCGGACAACAGUGACAACGAUGACAACAGUGACAACAGUGACAACGAUGACAAGAGUGACAACGAUGACAACAGUGACAACAGUGACAACGGUGACAACAGUGACGACAGUUAAAACAGUGACAAUGAUGACAACACUGACAACGAUGACAACGGUGAAAACAGUGACAAUAUUGACAACGGUGACAACGGUGACAAAAGUGACAACUGUGAAAACGAUGGCAACAGUUACAACAGUGAGAACGAUGACAACAGUGACAACGAUGACAACCAUGACAACAGUGACAACGAUGAGAACGGUGACAACAGUGACAACAGUGACAACAGUGACAACGGUGACAACGGUGACAACAGUGAUAACGAUGACAACAGUGACAAGGGGAACAACGGUGACAACAGUUACAACAGUGACAACGAUGACACAGUGACACCGCUGACAAUGGUGACAUCCGUGACAACAGUGACAACUGUGACAACGAUGACAACAUUGACAACGGUGACAACAUUGACAACGAUGACAACGGUGACAACCGUGACAACAGUGAGAACGAUGAAAACGAUGACAACAGUGACAACAGUGACACGGUGACAACAGUUAGAACAGUGAUGUCAAUGACAACGGUGACAACAGUGACAACAGUGACAACAGUGACCUCGGUGACAACAGUGACAACAGUGACAACGGUGACAACGGUGACAACAGUGACAACGAUGACAACGGUGACAACAGUGACAACAGUGACAAUGGUGACAACGGUGCCAACACUGACAACAGUGACAACGAUGACAAUGGUGACAACAGUGUCAACAGUGACAAUGGUGACAACGGUGACAACAGGGACAACGAUGACAACAGUGACAACAGUGACAACGUUGACAACGGUGACAACAGUGACAAGAGUAACACAAUGACAACAGUGACACGGUGACAACAGUUACAACAGUGACAACGAUGACAAUGGUGACAAAAGUUACAAGGAUGACCACGGUGAAAACAGUGACAACAGUGACAAUGGUGACAACAGUGGCAACAGUGACAACAGUGACAACGGUGACAACAGUGACAACGGUGACAACAGUGACAACAGUGACAACAGUGACAAAUGGUGACAACGGUGACAACAGAGACAACAGUGACAACGAUGACAACAGUUACAACAGUUACAACAGUGACGUGAAUGACAACGGUGACAACAGUGACAACAGUGACGUCAAUGACAACGGUGACAAUAGUGACAACAGUGACAACAGAGACAACAGUGACAACAGUGACAACGAUGACAACGGUGACAACACUGACAACGAUGACAACGGUGAGAACAGUGACAACAGUGACAAUGGUGACAACGGUGACAACCGAGACAACAGUGACAACGAUGACAACGGUGACAAUAGUGACAACAGUGACAACGGUGGCAACGGUGACAACAGUGACAACGAUGACAAGGGUGACAACAGUGACAACAGUGACAACGGUGACAACGGUGACAACAGUGACAACAGUGACAACGGUGACAACGAUGACAACAGUGACAACAGUGACAACGAUGACAACGAUGACAACAGUGACACGGUGACAACAGUUACAACAGUGACGUCAAUGACAACGGUGACAACAGUGGCAACAGUGACAACAGUGACAACGGUGACAACAGUGACAACGGUGACAACAGUGACAACAGUGACAACAGUGACAAAUGGUGACAACGGUGACAACAGAGACAACAGUGACAACGAUGACAACGGUGACAAUAGUGACAACAGUGACAACAAUGACAAGGGUGACAACAGUGACAACAGUGACAACGGUGACAACGGUGACAACAGUGACAUCGGUAACAACAGUGACAACGAUGACAACGGUGACAACACUGACAAUGGUGACAACGGUGACAACAGUGACAACAGUGAGAACGAUGACAACGGUGACAACAGUGACAACAGUGACAACGGUAACAACGGUGACAGCAGUGACAACGAUGACAACAGUGACAACAGUGACAAUAUUGACAACAGUGACAACAGUGACAACAGUGACAACGAUGACAACGGUGACAACAGUGGCAACAGUGACAAUGGUGACAACAGUGACAACAGUGACAACGAUGACAACGGUGAAAACAGUGACAACAGUGACAACGGUGACAACGGUGACAACAGUGACAACGAUGAGAACGGUGACAACAGUGACAACAGUGACAACGGUGACAACGGUGACAACAGUGACAACGGUGACAACGGUGACAACAGUGACAACAGUGACAACAAUGACAACGGUGACAACAGUGACAACAGUGACAACAGUGACAACGGUGACAACAGUGACAACAGUGACAACGAUGACAACGGUGACAACACUGACAACGAUGACAACGGUGACAACAGUGACAACAGUGACAAUAGUGACAACGGUGACAACAGAGACAACAGUGACAACGAUGACAACGGUGACAAUAGUGACAACAGUGACAACGGUGGCAACGGUGACAACAGUGAGAACGAUGGCAAGGGUGACAACAGUGACAACAGUGACAACGGUGACAACGGUGACAACAGUGACAUCGGUGACAACAGUGACAACGAUGACAACGGUGACAACAGUGAGAAUGGUGACAACGGUGACAACAGUGACAACAGUGACAACGGUGACAACAGUGACAGCAGUGACAACGAUGACAACGGUGACAACAGUGACAAUAUUGACAACAGUGACAACAGUGACAACAGUGACAACAGUGACAACGAUGACAACGAAGUCAACAGUGGCAACAGUGACAAUGGUGACAACAGUGACAACAGUGACAACGAUGACAACGGUGAAAACAGUGACAACAGUGACAAUGGUGACAACGGUGACAACAGUGACAACGAUGAGAACGGUGACAACAGUGACAACAGUGACAACGGUGACAACAGUGACAACGGUGACAACAGUGUCAGCGGUG